AUGGGGGCUCAAACAGAUUAUGAUCAAACUAAAGGCAUAAACACUAAGCCAGCAGGUGAUGGAUCCAAACAGGAGCCAUUUGGCAAAGACUAUCUCAACAGCACCUGGAACUCGGAAAGCGAGUCCUCUUUCCGAACAUUCUCCCAAAAGUCUUCCAAUUUACCAUUUGGACAACCAAUCGAGUAUGAUGCUAUCAGCGGACCUACCUAUGUUACUGCACAAACCUUGGUUCAACAAGUAGCAUAUGCGCUCUCCGAUAAGAUCUUCUCUUAUUCCCCAGAAUCGUUUGAUUUGGAUGUUGCUGUGAAAUUUUGGGCGGCGGCAAAUACAAAGAAUGCCAAUGGAUAUACCACACAAAUUUCUCCCAUGCAGACUCGCUCUGGUGCUGGAUCAAUUGCUUUGGGAUAUAUGUUUUCCAAGGAUUUUGAUUUGACCAAGAGGCAUAUCCCCCAAACGCUUUUGGCCUCUUCUUCUAGUCUGCAUAGCCUGCGCUCGACUCUCGAUCAACUUUCUUUAUUAUACUCUGUCGCAAACCCAUUUGUGGCCCAUGUUGCGGCUGUUGACUAUGCACCGGGAACCGCUGGUCUCGUUACAGACUAUGCAACUGCUUUGACUGUGGCAGAGGAGUUGGGACUCGGUCUGGUUUCUAGUUCAUCUGCAUAUGAAGCUCAACAUAUGUCUCUCUUCUCUACGCUGUUGGCAACAAUUCUUCCAACCAUCCAUACUUACGAUGGAAUCACUGUUGGUCGUGACACCCUUCGUGUCAUUGAUAUUCUUAGCCAAUCUGGUCUCAGCAGUUCCUACAAGAGCGUUCUUGAUGAGAUUUCAAAACUCGGAAAGAGAGCUGAUGCCGAAAGCAAGGUUUCCUCACUUCUUGAAGCUUUUAACAGCGAACUUGGUACCUCUUAUGGUCUCUUUGAAUAUAGCGGGCAUGAUUCUCCCGAAUCUGUUUUGGUUGUCUUCGGUUCUGUUGAGAGUUCUCUUGCUACUCAGGUUGCUGAGAAGCUUUCUGCUGAUGGAGAAAAGAUUGGUGUUAUCAAUGUCAGAGUGUACCGACCUUUUGUAGAGGAGGCCUUUGUGAAGGCCCUUCCUACAUCAGUCAGAAAUGUCGCUGUCCUUGGUCAAGUUCUGGACGAAACAGCCGCAACAGAUUUUUCUGGUCAUUCCAACUUGUACGAAGAUGUCUUGGCCGCGACCGUCUUCUCUGAUAAAUUCACAACUGCUCCCAAGGUCGUUGAUGUCAAAUAUGCUCGGUCGCAAGUAUUCACACCUAGUUCCAUCGCCAGUAUCUUCCAUCAACUUGGUGGCAAGUCUUCUAACGAAUCAGUAUCACUCCUGGCUGUUGGACAAGUUGAGCAGUACUCAUUCUUUGAUCUUGAGGACUCCGUUUCUGCUACUGCUCCUUCUGCUAUCAGCAAACUUCUUUCUGGUGAUUCGGCCAGCAAUGUCCUUAUCAACCAAACCCAUGACAACUUCAUUCAAGGUGGUGUCAUUAGGACUGAUAUCCGAAGCUCGAAGAAGUCAAUCGAGUCUGCUUACCCAAUUGAAGAGGCUGACGUCACUUACAUUGGAGACGAAAAGCUGUUCAAGGAGAUUGGCAUCUUGAAGAAUGUCAAGCCAAACGGAAAGAUUAUUGUCAAGCUUCAAGGUGUCAAAGACGAAGAUUUGGAGAAGAAGUUUCCAAGCUUCGUUCGCAACGAGAUCAAGUCCAAGGAUGUCGAAUUGUUUGUCUUGGAUCCAACUUUGUCAGAGGCUUUUGGAAAAGAACCAGCUCUCGAAACCUUGAUCACCGAACUUGCAUUCUUGAAGAUUGCUCGCCCAGACCUCCUCGACGCCGGCAAAGAUAAGCUCGCAGCGAUCAAUGGAAGCCAAGAACAGCUUCAAGCUGCAGUAGCUGACCUUGAGAAGACUAUUCGCAAGGUCGACAUUCCUGAGACUUGGGCCGAGGUUGAUGCCGAGGUUGAAGUCCUCGAUCUUCCUGCAACUAUCAAGUCCAGCAGCUUUACUGGUUUCCAAAAGGAAGAUACUGAAGCCCCAUCCCAGCUUCGUGAUUGGCACGCAGCUGCUAAGGGUCUUCUCUUCAAAGAAGCUUAUGGUACUAAAGCUGAACUUCGACCCGAUCUCACUGCCAAGACCUAUGAGAUCACUGUAAAGGAGAACCGUCGCUUGACCCCUAUUACAUAUGACCGUAACAUUUUCCACAUCGAGUUCGACUUGGGAACUUCUGGCCUUACGUACGAUAUUGGUGAAGCUCUCGGUAUCCAUGCUGUAAAUGAUGUUACUCAAGUUGAGGAGUUCAUCAAGUUCUAUGGUCUCAACCCAGAUGAUGUCGUUGAAGUACCAUCUCGUGAGGACAACAACGCUUGGGAAGCCAGAACCGUAUUCCAAUCGUUGGUUCAAAACAUCGAUAUCUUCGGAAAACCACCAAAGAAAUUCUACGAAGCCCUAGCCGAAUUUGCUUCUGACGAGGAGGAAAGAAAGGAACUUCUUACCCUUGGUGGCCCAGAAGGUGCCAAUGAAUUCAAGCGUCGCGCCGAAGUAGACACCAUCACCUACGCUGACGUUCUUCUUGAAUUCAAGUCCGCUCACCCAUCUUUCCAUGACAUCGCCCGCAUUGUUUCGCCAAUGAAGCGUCGUGAAUAUUCCAUCGCUUCAUCUCAAGCUGUCAACCCAACCACCGUCGCUCUCAUGAUUGUCGUGGUAUCUUGGGUUGAUCCAAAAGGUCGCGAUCGUUUCGGUCAAGCUACACGUUACCUUUCUUCACUCUCUGUCGGAUCCAAGGUCACUGCUUCCGUCAAGCCUUCCGUCAUGAAACUUCCAACCACCGAUACUGCCCCUCUCAUCAUGGCUGGUCUCGGUACAGGUCUUGCUCCUUUCCGUGCUUUUGUCCAAUACCGAGCUAUGCAAAAGGCUCAAGGCAAAGAUAUCGGUUCCAUCCUUCUUUACAUGGGUUCCCGUCAUCAACGAGAGGAAUACUUGUAUGGUGAAGAAUGGGAGGCUUAUCAAGAUGCAGGUGUUAUCACCUUGUUAGGAAGAGCAUUCUCCCGUGAUCAGAAACAAAAGAUCUAUAUCCAAGAUCGUAUGCGAGAGACUGUUACAGAUAUCAUCCAGGCAUACAUUAAGGAUGAGGGAUCAUUCUACUUGUGUGGUCCCACAUGGCCUGUACCAGAUGUUACAGAGGUACUUGAGGAGGCUAUCAGAGAGGAGGGUAGAUUGAGUGGAAAGAAGGUUGAUGGAAGAAAGGAGAUUGAGAGAUUGAAGGAGGCAGGUAGAUAUGUCUUGGAGACUGCUUAUCCCUAUCCUCGGUGGAAUAAUAAACAUCAACUACCUAGUGUGCAAAUCAACAACAUCUUUGGUUCAAACGCAAUGAAGAUCAUCGUUGCUGGUUCCACUGGCUUUGUUGCCACAGAAUUUAUCAAGCAGGCUCUUUCUAACCCAGCCGUUACAUCUAUCAUAGCUCUUGCCCGCCGUGAGACGCCUUUGCCGGAAUCCUUGGGACCAGACGUCGAUACUAAGAAAUUCAAGUCUGUCAUCUGUCAAGACUUUGCAAACUAUCCAGACGAUGUGAAGCUUGAGCUUUCUGGUGCUGAUGCUUGCGUUUGGUAUAUUGCCAUAACCCCAUCACAAUUAAAAAACAUGACGUUAGAGGAAGCUCGAAGGGUUUGUUUAGACUACACAGUGGCAGGCUUGGAAACGAUUACGAAGCUUCCGCGGGAUCCUGCUAGCAAGCCUUUCCGGUUUUUCUAUAUCAGUGGUCAUAAGAGUGAGCGGGACCAGACCAAGAGGCCUUGGCCACUCACCGAGUACUGUUUGAUGCGGGGUGAAGCUGAGAAUCGUGUUCUGGACUUUGCGAAAGCUUCAAAUGACACCGUGGAAGCGUGUGUGGCUAAAUCGGGUCUGAUUGAUGGGCCAGACCGUCGACAGGGCUUGCUGAUCAAAACUGUAUCCACAAUUGGCCGAACCAUCAUUGGUCUUCCUAAGGUUGAUGUGAGCCAGAUUGCAGCGACGCUUUUGCAGCAGGCAUUGAAUGGUAUUGAAAAGGAAACACUCUCGAAUGAGGAUCUUGUUGUGAUGGUGAUAAGGCUUUGGAUAAUUAAAUGGGAGGCUCGUGUAUUUUAUAAUGUUUCUCGGUCCACAUAUAGUCUAAGUUGUAGGGAACAGAAACUUUCAUAG